AUGCGAGGCAAUAGAGAGGGAAAGUUAUGUUUUUCGUUCAUUCCGGCGCGUUAUGUGUUUGUAGGGUUGACAGCAUUGGGUCUAUUCCUGGUCUACGCUUUCAAAGGAUUCUUAAGCGUCGCUAUCGUAGCGAUGGCCACACGAAAGACCGGUUCCGGUUCAAUGGGAAUGGAGUGUCCGGGAGGUAACACUACUACAAACAAUAACUUUAAUACUCGGGGUGAAUUUGAUUGGGACGAUCGCGCACAGGCCACUAUAUUGGGCGCAUACUUCUACGGCUAUAUUGCAUUACAAUUACCGGCGGGAGUGUUGGCCGAACUGUUUGGCGCCAAAUGGAUUUUCGGGUCGGGAAUGCUUAUCACUUCACUGCUCUCGAUGUUGGGUCCGGUGACCGCCCGCUGGGGUUUCGCACCAUUUCUGGCCACUCGUGUGUUACAGGGUUUGGCACAGGGAGUGACCAUUCCCUGUAUGAACGCAAUGGUCGCCCGUUGGAUGCCUAUAAUGGAGAGGAGUCGAGGAAUAUCAGUGAUAUUUGCCGGCUCUGCCAUCGGAUCGGUUGUCACUUUGCCAUUGACUGGCUAUUUGUGCGACGAGACAUUUCUGGGCGGUUGGCCCGCAAUCUUCUACGUGUUGGGAACCGUUGGCAUCAUUUGGUGUGUUUUGUGGACUAUCUUUGUGUUUGAUUCGCCGGAUAGCCAUCCCUUUAUAACACAACGCGAAUACGACUACAUAUGCAAAGGACAGGGCACAUUCUUUGGACCCUCUAUAUGUCUAAUAGGAGUAAUAUUUGCUGAAUGCAACACAACAUUAACUAUUGUCUUUUUUGUGAUGGCAAUGGGAUUUAAUGGCUUUAAUUAUCCUGGUUAUAAUUCAAACUUUAUAGAUAUGGCGCCCGAUUUCUCGGGCAUUUUACAGGGAAUUUGCAACUCUAUCGGCAAUAUUCCCGGUUUUGUGGGCCCAAUAGUUGCCGCGGAGUUCUACUCCAAAGGGGUAUUUGGUUUCAUUAAAUAUAUGUUUAUAAAUAAUUAA